GCUGCUCUGUUUUCAGACGGCAGUCGGCGACCACGUGGGUGCGAUCACAGCUCCUGUUCCCGGAGAGAGCGGAGUCCUGCGCGGGUCGACUGUCACCGUGGCGGCUCCGAGGACCCUGAACUACCGUGUGGCUGCAGGUGUGUCGAGGAAAUGCCGCUGAAGUUUCGCUCAAUUGUGCCCUAUACGCUGCCCGGAGUCCUUGCCCUGAUAGGCUGGUGGUGGUACACCUCCAGGAAGAAAGAGCGCCAAAUUGGCCAUGAGAGCUCUGAAGGAGCGACGUCGUCUCUGAGAACGUCGCCAGCAGAGGGCAGCAACGGUCUGCUGGAAAAAAGUACUGUAGCUCCACAAUACGGAGCGGAUGGCGCCAUCGUCAAACCCACAGAGGUCGGGAACCAAAGGACCCAGCAGCAGAUCCAGGACCUUGAAGCAUCUUCCCCAGAACGAAGGCAAGAAGAAGCUGCUCCUCGUUGCUGCAGAACCAGACAGGAGGAGGUCCAGAAACACUCUGAACCAACGGUACCAUCCCCUGAGAACUGGGACGCCUCGGGGGGGCCACUCGCUGACCACAGACUUGCAGAUACGGACUUUCGGCCCAAAUGCUUACCAGAUCUGGAGGAGCGCCGGGAUGACGGUCCAGUUGCUUCUGCCGGAGCCCCAGAGGAGCUCCUCCCACCUGUCCAGGUGUCCACGGCAGCUCCUCUUUCCGACGCAGAGAGGCCAGAGCCCGAGGGGGAGGUGGCCAAGCACCACAGCACCACAGCCACCACACAUGAGCAUGUUGGUGAAUGCACCCCAGACCAAGUCCAAAGAAUCGGUGAACACACCCCAAACCAAGUCCAAAGGGUCAGUAAACACACCUCUGGAAAAGUCCAGUCAGUCAGUGAAAGCAACCUUGAUGAAGUCCAGAUGGUUAGUGAACCAUCCCCAAUGACGGUAGACGGGGUCGGUGAGCUCGCCCAAGACCAAGUCCUGGGGGUCAGUGAGCUCGCCCCAGACCUGGGGGUCGAUGAACUCGCCCCAAUCCUGGGGGUUGGUGAGCUCGCCCCAGACCAAGUCCAGAAGGCUAUCCCAGCAGAGGAACCCUCUUUUGCGACCCCACCAUCAGUGCAUCCCUCGCACCACCACAUUCUCGCCAGCACACCCGCCGCCCCGCCGGAGCUCCAUCCACGCAGCGGCGAGGACCAGCAGCUCCCCCCCCAGCAGGACCUGGAGCUCGUGGCCGCUGGACUCAUUACUGAGGUCAUCUCGGCAGCUACCCAGGAAGUCCUCGCCGUGGCCGAUGGCGGCAAGUCCAGCCGCAGCGGCAGCAGGCCGCAGCUGCCAGAGGAGGUCGUCGCGGCCACGCUGCAGCGCCACCUCCUGACAGGCCGUCCUCAGGGAGACGUCGCCCAAAACCAGGCUCCAGACACGCCCAACGGCUGCUCUUCAGCGUCGGUGUGGAAGACCGAGGCCGGUGACGGGAACCAUCCGAGCGAGUCCUGGACAACGCCCUCACACAGGCCCACGCCACUUCUCCGAGGAGACGAAGCAGCGAUGACGCUGGCCGAGGACUCGGCCUGCAGCACCUGCCACUCGGAGGACGGCGUCAGCAGCGAGGACCUGCAGAACAGCACCUUGGACCAGCAGGUGGACGUCAUCCAGGUCACUCACCUGUCUUCAGAAGAGAUGCCACAGCCUUCGUCGCUGGUGGAGAGCUUCACAGACGCCGGUGGAAGCGGCGCCGACGUCGGCCUGAGUCAGAUAAAGAGGCUGAACGGGAUCGGUGUGAGGAACGGAGCUCCUGGGAUGUGUGAGGUGGACACUGACCAGUCUGGAGGUUCCGAUGUUAACAGCAUGGACUCGGUAGACAGCGGCUGCACGAUGGGUGCUUUGGAGAACCAGGGUACCAGCGCUGCCUCAUCAGGCUCAGGCCUCGUUAUCUGGGAGAUCGAGGUGCCAAAGCACCUUGUGGGACGUCUGAUCGGGAAGCAGGGCCGCUACGUGAGUUUCCUGAAGCAGAACUCGGGAGCAAAGAUCUACAUCUCCACCCUGCCUUACACUCAGGAGUUCCAGAUCUGCCACAUCGAGGGUGAGCAGCAGCAGGUUGACAAAGCUCUGGCACUCAUUGGAAAGAAGUUCAAAGACCUGGACCUGACCAACUUGUAUGCACCUCCACCUCCGCCGCUAACGUUGCCGUCCCUUCCCAUGACCUCCUGGCUGCUGCUCCCCAGCGGGGUGACGGUGGAGGUGAUCGUGGUGAACAUCGUCUCAGCAGGCCACGUGUUCGUGCAGCAGCACACCCACCCCACCUACCACGCCCUGCGCAGCCUGGACCAGCAGAUGUUCCUGUGCUACUCCCAGCCGGGCACCCCCGCCCUGCCGUCCCCUGCUGAAGUGGGCGUGAUCUGUGCAGCUCCAGCUGUGGACGGAGCCUGGUGGAGAGCUCAGGUCAUCACCUUCUACAAGGACUCCAACGAGGUGGAGAUCCGGUACGUGGACUACGGAGGCUACGACAGAGUCAAGAUCGACUCUCUGCGGCAAAUCAGGUCUGAUUUUGUGACCUUGCCUUUCCAAGGUGCAGAGGUUUUACUGGACAACAUCACCCCACUCCCAGGAGAGGAUCGUUUCUCUCCAGAUGCCACGUCGGCGUUCGAGGAGAUGACUAGAGGCGUGGCUCUGCUCGCACAGGUGUCCAACUACGACAACAACACAGGUCUGCCGCUGGUGCACCUGUGGAACAUGGUCGGAGAUGAGGUGAUGUCGGUGAACCGGUCUCUGGUGGAGCGGGGCAUGGCUGCGUGGGUGGACGGAUUUUGAGCUCCAUCUCUGACCCUCGUGGGUCCACAUCGUCCUGGAGACCUCCUGCCACACCCGGGUCCCAGAAGAUCUUUUUUUUUUUUUUUUUUUUUUCCCCUCCUCUUUGACAGAAACAAAUCUUGUGUCCAAGAACUUUCUGGAAGGUAGUACUGCUUGUGAUCAGGGCAGAUCGUCUCUCCUCGUCCUCUCAGACGAACAAAGACGUUAUAUACUUUUAAAGAAAGAAGUCUGUCGGAAAUUCAAGGCUCAUUGCUAUUUUUUUUUUACCCGCCACCAUGAUACCGUCUGGAUCGUCCUGCUGCAGGGGCCGAUGGACGGACCCGUCUGUACGGCCGUCCACCCGGACUCUGGUCCAGGGGGGGUGGGGGCGCACUGCCCCUCCCCCCCCCCUGCUGCUCCACCUCAGAGUAGCAGUGAUGACGUCACACACGUGCACUGGAACCGUUGUUUUGUUUUUUGUUUUUUUUAUCUGGCUGUUGGAGAUGCUGCAGUAAGGUCACUUCCUGUUUCUGACCCUCCUCCAGCACCUGGAGGGGAGGGGGCCGCCAGCAAUCUGGGGGGUCAGGAAGGUCUGCUGCUCAUUAGACGAUGAAACACUAACAGAUGAACCUGCGGAGGGUUUGACUACAACACUGACAAGUCCGGCUGCUCCCAUGUGGACUCAACCUGCAGCAACACGCCUGGAAACAGCUGACACUACUGAGGACUCCGCCUCCUCUGACUGAAACACCUGAGGGCGGGGCCGAGCCCAGAGAACAGGACGGUCCAUCAUUUCAGUCUCUUGUCCAAGGAACAAGGCAGCUGUGUGUGUGCGUGUGCGUGUGUGUGUGUGUGUGUGUGUGUGUGUGUCCACCAACACUUCCAGAACUCCUCAGGACGGUGGACGAUCACACGGUUUAUCCGUUGCUGCAGAAAAGGGAAGGAUCUGAGAACCUGCAGGAGGUUCUGGAAGGUCCAGAUGCGUGUGCUGCUCCAGGUUCUGUUCCCGCCCCCAAAUCCAUCCCCCGUAACCCCCGACUGGACCAUCUGGACCGCUCCGACCGCGACCCCGUCACUGCACCUUGGCUUCCCCUGAACGCAGAGUUCUGACUGGACUUUGGUUCCGGACUCUGGAGGCCGGCCGGCGGUUCUAAAGGGAACGUUGUGUGUAGCAGAACUUCAGUGGGCGUUCCCAGUCGCGCCCACACACAUGUAACAUGUGUGUAACAUGUACAGGUCCUUUGUUAGGCUCAUCUGCAGUCUGAUUGGUUGAUUGUACAGAUCUGUUAGAAAAAUAAAGAUUAUUUAAAUGUUGA